UCUCGACUCGCAAGCGUGUCUGUCAAAGGACAUAUUUUCUUGUCGAACCAAAGAAGACGUUAAUUUUCUUUUUCUUUUUCCUUUUUAGUCACUUUCCUAUUUUGUUUUUCGUCCUUGGGGAAUCGAACAAAUGAAAUGAAGAAAAUGCCGAAGAAUUGUUGAGCGUUCCAAAAAUUGUAUAAAAAAAACUGCGGACGACGAGCCCUAUAGCUGAUCGGAAUCGGAUGGAUUGGAAUUCUCCUCGGAAAACUGGGUGACGAUUCGCAGUUGAAUUAAUAAAUCAAGAUUUAAUUCCUUAAUUUAUUAAGGAAUUAAUAAAUCAAGAUUUAAUUCCUUAAUUUAUUAAGGAUCGGUUAUGGCAUCACCUGCUGGUGGUUUGAGGGAGACCUCCAUUGUUGUUGUUACCCUCGAUACUGGUGAAGUGUAUAUCGUCACAAGCUUGGCCUCUAGGCUUGACACUCAGGUGAUAUAUGUUGAUCCAACAACAGGAGCGCUUCGAUACAAUGCAAAGGUGGGGCUUGAUGUCUUUAGGUCAGAAAAUGAAGCUCUAGAUUACAUUACAAAUGGGUCGAGAUGGCUAUGUAAGAGUACAACUUAUGCUCGAGCAAUGUUGGGGUAUGCUGCCCUUGGAAGCUUUGGGUUGCUUCUUGUUGCGACAAAGUUAACUGCUAGCAUUCCCAAUUUGCCGGGUGGGGGGUGUGUGUAUACGGUGACCGAGAGCCAAUGGAUCAAGAUAUCACUUCAAAAUCCUCAACCCCAAGGGAAAGGUGAAGUAAAAAAUGUUCAAGAAUUGACGGAUCUUGACAUUGAUGGAAAACACUACUUUUGCGAGACAAGGGACAUUACACGACCUUUUCCAAGUCGCAUGUCCUUUAAUGAGCCUGAUGAAGAAUUUGUAUGGAAUGGAUGGUUUUCAUUGCCUUUCAAAAGCAUUGGACUGCCACAACACUGUGUCAUUCUUCUUCAGGGGUUUGCAGAAUGUCGGAGUUUUGGAAGCUCAGGGCAACUAGAAGGGAUUGUUGCUCUUAUUGCUCGUCGGAGCAGGUUGCAUCCUGGUACUCGAUAUUUGGCAAGGGGAUUAAAUUCAUGUUUUAGCACGGGAAAUGAAGUUGAGUGUGAGCAGCUUGUAUGGGUUCCUAGGAAAGCUGGUCAGAGUGUUCCUUUUAACACAUAUCUCUGGAGACGAGGUACGAUUCCUAUCUGGUGGGGAGCAGAACUAAAGAUUACUGCCGCGGAAGCAGAAAUAUAUGUUUCUGAUUGUGAUCCGUACAAAGGAAGCACACAAUAUUAUCAGAGGUUAAGUAAGAGAUAUGAUGCUCGAAAUUUUGAUGUAUCUGUUGGGGUGAAUCAGAAUAGAAAAGCUUUAGUUCCAAUUGUAUGCAUCAACCUGUUAAGAAAUGGAGAAGGGAAGUCAGAGUGCAUUUUAGUUCAACACUUUGAGGAAUCCUUGAAUUAUAUUAGAUCAACUGGGAAACUCCCCUAUACUCGAAUCCAUUUGAUAAAUUAUGACUGGCAUGCCAGUACAAAAUUAAAAGGCGAGCAGCAAACAAUUGAAGGGUUAUGGAAACUUUUAAAAGCCCCCACUGUAUCUAUAGGCAUAUCUGAAGGAGAUUAUUUGCCUUCAAGACAACGGAUUAAAGAUUGCAAGGGUGAAGUCAUCCAUACUGAUAACUUAGAAGGUGCGUUCUGCUUGAGAUCCCGUCAAAAUGGAGUGCUACGUUUCAACUGUGCCGAUUCUUUAGAUAGGACCAAUGCUGCUAGUUUCUUUGGUGCCCUCCAAGUAUUUAUGGAGCAGUGUAGGCGGCUGGGAAUAUCACUUGAUAGUGACUUGGCAUUUGGCUAUCAGUCGUUUAAUGAUCAUGGUGGAUACACUGCUCCUCUGCCACCAGGGUGGGAAAAAAGAUCUGAUACAGUGACAGGAAAAAUUUAUUAUAUAGAUCAUAAUACUAGGACUACAACAUGGAUGCAUCCUUGUCCAGAUAAACCUUGGAAAAGAUUUGACAUGACGUUUGAGGAGUUCAAGAGGUCAACAAUUUUGUCCCCUGUAUCCCAGCUUGCUGAUCUUUUUCUGCUUGCUGGUGAUAUUCACGCCACACUUUAUACUGGUUCAAAAGCUAUGCAUAGCCAAAUUCUCAGCAUUUUCAAUGAAGAUUCUGGAAAGUUAUUUUCUGCCGCUCAGAAUAUGAAAAUCACCUUGCAGAGAAGAUACAAAAAUGCACUUGUGGACAGUUCUCGGCAAAAGCAGUUGCAGAUGUUCCUAGGGAUACGACUUUUCAAGCAUCUUCCAUCCAUAUCUUUGUGUCCUCUAAAUGUAGUCUCUCGACCAUCUGGUUUCUUUCUUAAGCCAGUUACCAGUAUGUUUCCAAGUUCAAGUGGCGAAUCAAGUCUUCUGAGUUUCAAGAGAAAAGACCAAAUUUGGGUUUGUCCACAGGCUGCUGAUGUCGUCGAACUUUUUAUCUAUCUUGGCGAGCCUUGUCAUGUUUGCCAGCUUCUUCUCACAAUAUCUCAUGGUGCAGAUGACUCGACUUAUCCAUCAACAGUUGACGUUAGGACGGGACGCAAUCUGGAUAGUCUUAAACUGGUCCUUGAGGGUGCUUCUAUACCUCAGUGUGUAAAUGGGACAAACCUCUUGAUACCUUUACCAGGGCUGAUCAAUGAAGAGGAUUUGGCUAUCACUGGAGCAGGCACACGCCUUCAUGAUCAAGAUACGUCAGCCCUUCCAUUCUUGUAUGAUUUUGAGGAAGUGGAAGGUGAAUUGGACUUCCUCACCCGUGUCAUUGCACUUACAUUUUAUCCUGCUGAUUUGGAAAGAAGCCCCAUGACUUUGGGUGAGAUAGAAGUCCUUGGAGUUUCUCUUCCUUGGAGAGGCAUCUUAAACAAUGAAGGGCCCGGUGCAACAUUAAUUGACCUUACCAAAAGCGUUAAAGAGGAGACAAAUCCCUUUUUGUCUGGUUCAGAUACCAACCCCUUUAAUGGCUCUUCAUUCCAUGAAAAUGCAUCAGCAUCGGUGCAGUCAAGUUCUUCUGGAAACAAUUGGCCUGACCUCUUGACUGGAGGAGAGAGUUUGCCAGAUCACAUUGCUCAACCAGUGACAGAAAACAUUGUGGGACAGGGAAGUGACUUGCUUGAUUUCUUGGAUCAAGCUGUUGUUGAGUAUCAUGGCGGUGCUGAAAAUGAUAAAAAUCUGUCAUCUUCAGGGGAUUGUAGGAGUUCGGGUUGCAGUUCCCAGCAGUACAUAAAUUGUCUGAAAUCUCUUGCGGGGCCACAAAUGGGAAGAAAACUAGACUUCGUAGAUGCAAUGAAACUUGAAAUUGAACGCCUCCAGUUGAAUCUUUCUGCUGCCGAAAGGGAUAGAGCUUUAUUAUCUGUUGGAAUCGACCCCGCGAGUAUCAAUCCAAAUCUCUUACUCGAUCAACAUUACAUGGGAAGAUUGUGCAAAGUUGCGAAUUCCCUUGCAGUGCUUGGACAGGCUUCAUUUGAAGACAAAAUUAUAGCUUCUAUUGGGCUUGAGACAACGGAUGAUGAUGUAAUAGAUUUCUGGAAUAUAUGUAGAAUUGGGGAGAGCUGCUCUGGUGGGGUGUGUGAGGUUCGUGCUGAAACUGAUGCAGCAAGGCGCACGUCUUCCAACACUUCAUCUCCGGGAGUUUCGAAACCUGCCUUGUUUUGUUCCCAAUGUGAAAGAAAAGCAUGUAAAACCUGUUGUGCAGGGAGAGGGGCACUUCUACUUUCAAGCUUUAAAUCAAGGGAUGCCAUGAACUACAAUGGGAUGUCAAACCAAGGUGGAUCAAGUCAUGGCAGCCAAAUUGACGUAUCCACCAAUCGUUCUGUAGUGCUAGAUGGUGUUAUUUGUAAACGUUGCUGCCACGAAAUUGUAUUAGAUGCCCUGAUCUUGGACUAUGUUAGAGUGUUGAUUAGCUUGCAUAGUAGUGCUCGUCUGGAUAUUGCAGCACGUAAAGCGUUGGAUCAGGUGAUGGGAUCUUCACUUUGGGAUGAUGAUUCUGAAAGGAAUAAACAAUUGGUUGGUCAGAGAUCAGUUAAAGCCUUAAGAAAGUUACUUAAUGGAGAGGAAUCCAUUGCUGAAUUUCCAUUUGCCAGCUUUCUGCACUCGGUCGAAACUGCAACAGAUUCAGCACCACUUUUGUCACUGCUUGCUCCACUUAAUUCUGGAUCACGGAAUUCAUUUUGGAAAGCUCCUCCCACUACCACUUCUGCCGAAUUUAUUCUUGUUCUUGGUACCCUUUCUGAUGUCAGUGGAGUUAUUUUGGUUGUUAGUCCUUGUGGCUACUCUGAGACCGAUGCACCUAUCGUGCAAAUCUGGGCCAGCAAUAAAAUAGACAAGGAGGAAAGGUCAUGCAUGGGAAAAUGGGAUGUGAAUUCCCUCAUCAGGUCUUCGCAAGAAUAUUAUGGGCAAGAAAUAUCCAAUGGUGAUGAUAAAGUACCAAGGCAUGUGAAGUUUGCAUUUAGGAACCCAGUUAGAUGCCGCAUCAUUUGGAUAACGUUACGUCUUCCACGAUCCGGUUCAAGUUCUUUUAACUUGGAUAACUUGAACCUUUUGUCUCUCGAUGAAAACCCAUUUGCACAAGUAAACAGACGUGCCUCCUUUGGAGGAUCAAUCGCCAGUGAAACCUGUCUUCACGCCAAAAGGAUACUAGUGGUGGGGAGCCCGGUGAAAAAAGAUAUGGCACUUGCAUCGCCACAAACUACUGACCAGCCGAAUGUGAAAAGCUGGUUGGAGAGAGCUCCACAGUUAAAUAGAUUUAAGGUUCCACUUGAAGCUGAACGGCCGAUGAACAAUGACCUCGUCUUGGAACAAUAUCUAUCUCCUGUUUCACCUAAGCUUGCCGGAUUCCGUCUAGAUGCUUUUAGUGCAAUAAAGCCUCGGCUAACCCAUUCGCCAUCUUCAAAAGCACAUAUCUGGGAUAUGUCGGCAACAUUAUUAGAAGACAGACACAUCUCUCCAGCUGUUCUGUAUAUCCAAGUAUCUGCUCUUCAGGAACCUCACGGCGCGGUAACCAUUGCGGAAUAUCGGUUGCCGGAGGCAAAGCCCGGAACAGCUCUGUACUUUGAUUUCCCUAGUCAAAUACAAAGCCGCAGAAUUACAUUUAAACUUCUUGGAGAUAUCACGGCGUUCGCAGAUGACCCAACAGAGCAGGACGAUUCCAGUUUUGGUUCUCCAAUAGCCGUUGCAUUGUCUUUGGUCAACAGAAUUAAGUUGUAUUACUAUGCUGAUCCUUAUGAACUUGGAAAAUGGGCUAGCCUUUCAGCAGUUUAAAAAGAGAACUAGACUGAGGAAAGAAAAAGAUUUUCGUGUUGUGUUAUUAUGUAGUUUUGUUAUCAUUAUUGGAAUUAUUAUUCUGUAUUCUUUGAAAUUGUAAACUUGUUCAUUCAUAAUCAAUGGUGGUAUUGGAAUA